AUGGAAUCCGAGGCUCCAGCACCGGCGUCGCGCACGCUUGUUGCACAGUGCAUGUGCAAGGCUGUGCAUUUCACCAUCACCGUCCCGGUGGCUGAACUUCCGCUCGGCGUGCACAUGUGCGGGUGCUCUGUCUGCCGCACGACGCAUGGCUCCUACACCUGCUUCCACGCGCCGCUGCCCGCCGGCAUCCGCCCCGAGUUUGUCGCGCCCUCGUCGCUCGAGGGCAGCACGACGGGCUACCGGCAUGCGACGGCCAUGGCGACGCGCUAUUUCUGCAAGACGUGCGGCGCCCACAUUGGCGACGACGACUUCGACUCGGCGACGGGCACCAAGCCCGCGGACGCCGAGUGGCGCGUGUCUUCGUCGCUGUUUGAGGCGGGCCUGCACGACGACGGCGCCCCCAACCAAGCCUUUUCGCUGCGCACGCACGCCAUGACCGACUCGGCGCCCUCUGGCUUCCACGAGUGGCUGCCCCGUCUCGGCGACCGUGUCCUCUUUAAAUGGAACCCCAAGCCGGGCGAUGACUUUUACCCACCGGCGGCGGCCGACCCCUACGAGCCUCAGGCACCCGAGUACGAUGCCAACGGCCGAGAGGUUCUGCGGGCGGCCUGCCACUGCGGCGGCACCUCCUUCACCAUUGCCCGGCCGGCCGACACGCCCAAUCUCGCCGAGAUCGCCAAAGCCGCCGGGCUUGCUCUGUCCUCCGAGUUCCCGGACCGCUGGAUCGGCUUGCUCGAUGCCUGUGACGACUGCCGCCUGGUCGACGGCAGCCACGUCAUUGGCUGGGUCGAUCUGCCCAUCGCCAGUCUCUCUCCAGCGGUCCCACAGGACUUUGAAAUGGCCACGCUCACGACGUACAAGUCGUCUGACAGGGGGCUCCGCGCCUUUUGCCGUGUCUGCGGCGCCACCGUCUUGUUCCGCCACUACCACCGCGGUGACAGCCUGACCGUUGAUCUGGCGAGCGGUCUGCUGAGGGCGCCCGAGGGCGUGGCGGCCCACCGCUGGGUCCACUGGCGCAACGGCCGGGUCCUGUUCCUCGACAGCGCUGAGCGGUACCACUCUGGCUUUGGCAAGAGCCUGCAGGAGGGCUUUGCUGCGUGGGCGGCUAAAACGUACGCGACAGAGCAGGCUUGA